GGCCGGGCCAGCCGGGCCGCCGGGGCCCAGUGCGCCGCGCUCGUCGCCAGUAGCGCCGUCUGCGCGGUGGGCGCCGCUUCCCAGGCCGGACCCGGGUGGAACGAGGGCGGUGCGCAGGCGGCCCGCCGCGGGAGAGGCAGGAUGAGCAUCGAGAUCCCCGCGGGGCUGACGGAGCUGCUGCAGGGCUUCACGGUGGAGGUGCUGAGGCACCAGCCCGCGGACUUGCUGGAGUUCGCGCUGCAGCACUUCACGCGCCUGCAGCAGGAGAACGAGCGCCGGGGCGCCGCGUUCUGCGGCCGCGAGCAUGGCAGGACCUGGGGGGACGCGGCCGCCGCCGCCGCCGCCGCCGGGGGCGGCACCCCCAGCAAGGGGGUCAACUUCGCCGAGGAGCCCAUGCGCUCCGACUCCGAGGACGGCGAGGAGGAGGAGGAGGCGGGGGCCGCCGACGCCGGGGCGUUCAACGCUCCAGUGAUAAACCGAUUCACAAGGCGUGCCUCCGUAUGCGCAGAAGCUUAUAAUCCUGAUGAAGAAGAAGAUGAUGCAGAGUCCAGGAUUAUACAUCCCAAAACUGAUGAUCAAAGAAAUAGAUUGCAAGAGGCUUGCAAAGACAUCUUGCUGUUUAAGAACCUGGAUCCGGAACAGAUGUCUCAAGUAUUAGAUGCCAUGUUUGAAAAGUUGGUCAAAGAGGGAGAACAUGUGAUUGAUCAAGGUGAUGAUGGGGACAACUUUUACGUAAUUGAUAGAGGAACAUUUGAUAUUUAUGUAAAAUGUGAUGGUGUUGGAAGAUGUGUUGGUAACUAUGAUAAUCGUGGGAGUUUUGGUGAACUGGCCUUAAUGUACAAUACACCCAGAGCAGCUACAAUCACGGCUACCUCUCCCGGUGCUCUGUGGGGUUUGGACAGGGUAACCUUCAGGAGAAUAAUUGUCAAAAACAAUGCCAAAAAGAGAAAAAUGUAUGAAAGCUUUAUUGAGUCACUGCCAUUCCUUAAAUCAUUGGAGGUUUCAGAACGCCUAAAAGUGGUAGAUGUGAUAGGCACCAAAGUUUACAAUGAUGGAGAACAAAUCAUUGCUCAGGGAGAUUUGGCUGAUUCUUUUUUUAUUGUAGAAUCUGGAGAAGUGAAAAUUACUAUGAAAAGAAAGGGUAAAUCAGAAGUAGAGGAGAACGGGAACGGUGCUGUAGAAAUCGCCCGAUGUUCUCGGGGACAGUACUUUGGAGAGCUUGCCUUGGUAACAAACAAACCCCGAGCAGCUUCUGCGCAUGCCAUUGGAACUGUGAAGUGCUUAGCCAUGGAUGUGCAAGCAUUUGAAAGGCUUUUGGGACCUUGCAUGGAAAUUAUGAAAAGGAACAUCGCCACCUAUGAAGAGCAGUUAGUUGCCCUGUUUGGAACAAACAUGGAUAUUGUUGAACCCACUGCAUGAAGCAAAAGUAUGAAGCAAGAAGACCUAUAGUGAAAAAUUAACACAGUAGUGGUUAGUCCACUGAGGAUGUGUUUGUGUAGAUGCCAAGCAUUUUCUGUGAUUUCAGGUUUUUUCCUUUUUUUACAUUUACAAUGUAUCUGUAAACAGUAGUGAUUUAAUAAUCAAUAGGCUUUAACAUCACUUUCUAAUGAGUAGUUCAUAAAAAAAAAUAUUGAUAAAAUGACUUUCUACUCCACAAAAUUUGACUGAAAGUUUUAUUCCGAUGAUUGUAAUAUAUUGAAAGAAUUCAUGUUUAAGAAGAUUAAAAGACAUUAUUAUAGGCAAUAUGUGUUUGACUUACUCAAGUUGAUACCCCACCCGUGACAGUGCCCAUGUUGGAGGGAACUUGGCAAUGACUCAUGCUACCCAGCAUGGCAUCGCAUUCUUUUUAUAACUCAUUAUGUAUAGCAAAGUUUCAGUCAUUCUCAUUUUAAAGUUUUUUCUGGCUUGUGUGUUAUGUGUUGGCCUUGGUCUAUUGGUAAAAUGGUAUGAAACAUAUGCAAUUUUUAAAUUUUUUAUAUUUUUGCAAUAAAGUACAUUUUGACUUCUUGACAUAAUGUCAGUAACAUACUCCAGUAGUUUUAAGGACUGGCAAUUUAGUCAUGAUAAUAGGUAGAUGAAAGAUAAUGUAUAUCUUGCUUCUUUUCUUCAUUCUGUAUCUCCCGUAUUCUCUAGCUUUAGAAGCUUGAUUUGGACAAUGAGUCCAAAGACUUGGAGUCUUCUCUUCAAAGCUUAAACUUGUUAAAUCUGACAUUUUUCAUCUUCUAAAAGGUCUUAUACUUAACAUAUUUGGGACUGUUUUAUCUUUAUGCCCACAGAUACUUCUGUGUUCCUCAGCAGGCCUAAGUGGCACUGUCUCUGGCACACAUGUGCCCAUGUUUUUCUGUUCUCUGGCUGCCAACUGCAGUGUCACUCAUUGAUAGCCCAUGAGGUUUGGUUGGCCUUUUACUCAUGAAAAACUUGUUGACAGUAGUAGAAAUAAUUUUUGUAAGCUAUGUAUAUUAAUAAAA